AUGCGCGGAAUAAGAGCCGAUCAAGAACUCCUGCAACUUGAGGUCGGUGCCAUCUUCGGACUCGAUCCUACAUCGUCGCAACCGGUACACAAAGACUCAAAAUAUCAUGCGGUAUACGCUUGGUCCCCUUCCGCGAAAUUCCUUGCACUUAGUCCUGAGAUAUUGUUUGACCCUUCUCAACUCCAUAGCCGUAUCAACCAGGCCUACGAAUCAGGAACAGUCCCACAGACUCUUGUUCAUCUUUCAGAGACUUUCCCCGGCACUAUUGAAGGAGGUCCCUGUUUUACAUUUCCAGACCGACAGCUGACACCACCUUCCAUAACACUGCCUAUUUACGUGUCAGAUUCGGCAGGCAAAGCUGCAGCUCGGGAAUUCAUUCGCCCCAGCAAUUGGGAACCCGAUGAAUGGGCCAAGUUAAUCACCGGAUCUAUGGGAGAAUGGGCUAUGGCGGUACAUGAUAAAUCCCCGGUGUCUAUUUGCUUUUCACCUGCCAUGAACUCGACUGUAGCUGAGGCCGGUAUCUGGACAUAUCUGGACUUCCGUGGGCGUCGUAUCGCUCCAGCGGUGGUGGCCGCGUGGUCAGAGUGUGAGAGACGGAACAAAGAGAUUCUCUUGUAUAGUAUAGUGGGGAAUAACCUGUCUUCUCAGUCGGUGGCGCGCACAUUGGGCUUAGAUCCUCUGGGAUGGAUUUGGAAACUCCACAAACCGUCUCCUGACCAGGUUUCUUCAGGGGAGGAUCGGCUUGAGUUAGGACGCCUAAUGUGA